UUGAAUUUUAAACUUAAAAUUAAAAAAUUAAACUAAAUUAAAUUAAAAUUUUAGUUGUUUUAAAUUUAAAUUAAUAAAAAAUGUAUUUAAAAUUAUUUUUUCUACUUUUCGUAUCAAUACCUUUUAUAUAUUGCAAAAAAGAUGCAUUAAGUUUACAUUGCUUUUUUUCAAAAUAUAUAUUAAAAUUUUUUGAACUUAAUGAAAAACUUUUUAUCCUAAAUCGAAUAAGUAAUGCUAAAAGUGAUUAUGAUAUAGAUGAUUUAAAGUAUUAUGGAACCAACCUUCAAAGUCAAGGGGAUAUUAUAAUGGCUAUGCUUGAUGAAUUGAGAGAAAAAAAAUAUAAUGAGCUGCCAGAUGAUCUAAUGAUGGUCAAUUUGUACUUAAACAAUGUAACUGGAAAUAUUAAUCUUUAUACAGUAGACAAAUCCAAUGAAGGAAGAGAACUAGUAACUGAUGCGUUAAGACUAAGACUGGGCUUUAAGACGUAUUACAAAAUGAUAACAAAUAAACUGUUAAAUUUUACUAAAAGCUUGCAUUGUAAAUAUGGAUUAUGGUUCGAUAAAGUAGAUCCUAAAUUUAAAAGAUUAAAAAUAAAUAUUGAUAAAAAGAGUCAAGUAAAUUAUGAUGCGUCCAGAAUGCGCGAAUUUUUGGAAAAUGUAAAAAAUAAUUCAAGAGAUGUAUUUAAUCAUACUUUUAUGAGAAAUAAAUAUACAGAUUAUCAUCCUAAAAACUUAUUACUAUACAAUUUGAUGGAACCUUAUAGUAAAUAUUCUAAAAGAUCUAUUCGAAACGAUGGACUAAAUAUAAUGAGGUUCGUUAAAGUACAUUCCAUUGCAAAUUAUGAAAGUAAACAUGAAACAAAAAUUAUUAAUUUAUAUGAAAGAGUUCUUUUAACUUUUAAUGUUCAACAUAUUAAGUCUUAUCAACAGCAAGUACUAGCUGCUACAAUGUACCCGGUUUUUAUGUGCAUAAGUAAAUACAUUAAUAUGUUUAACAAAUUUUAUUCUACGGGAUAUACAAUUUUUUGCUAUCCAAAAGAUAUUAUUGAUAUUGGAUCUUCAUUGGUAACAAUCACUCAAACAUUAAGAGACAUUAAUUUGUAUCCCUACGAAAUUAAUCAAUACUUGAGUCAAUUAAUUUGUGAUCUUGGAAUUAUUGUAAUAUAUCCAAGUAGUAAAAUGUGGCCUAGUUCUUUUAACUAUAAAAAUAAGGUAAUAACUAUAUUAAACAAGUUAUCGAAACCAAUGUUGACAAAUAGAAUAUUGUUUAACAUAAAAGAUUACACAUUGAAUGACAGCGGAGCUCACAGUUGUCUGGUUUUGAUUGACGAAAUUAAAAUUGAAAUAAAAUCAAUAACAAAUUAUUUAAAAAAAUUAAAAAGAAAAAGAUAUCUAUUUUUGGUUACCCAAGAAAUUAUUAACCAUAAUGAUAUGUUCAAAAAUAUUCCUAUUGAUGUAUUUAACGUACAAGUUAAUGGAACUAUUUAUUUUAGCGAGCAUACAUCUAAACUUAAGAAUAAUAUAUCAAAUAGACUAUCUAAAUUUUUUAAUCAAACUGAAGAUUACAAUAAUAAAGAACGCAAUAAAAAUAAUAAAAAUAUUCAAAAUGUAUUAGAAUCUAACGAAAACAUUAAUAUUACAGCUGAAGAGAGUCAUAAUUAUAACGAAAUUACAGAAAAUCAUGAAACAAUAAACUCUCAAAAUAAUUAUUUACAAAAUGUUCAUUUGGAUAACAAUGAAAUUGCCAAAAAUAAUGAAAUUGAAGAAAUCAAUAAAAAUAAUACAAAUAUUCAAAAUGUAUUAGAAUCUAACGAAAACAUUAAUAUUACAGCUGAAGAGAGUCAUAAUUAUAACGAAAUUACAGAAAAUCAUGAAACAAUAAACUCUCAAAAUAAUUAUUUACAAAAUGUUCAUUUGGAUAACAAUGAAAUUGCCAAAAAUAAUGAAAAUGAAGAAAUCAAUAAAAAUAAUACAAAUAUUCAAAAUGUAUUAGAAUCUAACGAAAACAUUAAUAUUACAGCUGAAGAGAGUCAUAAUUAUAACGAAAUUACAGAAAAUCAUGAAACAAUAAACUCUCAAAAUAAUUAUUUACAAAAUGUUCAUUUGGAUAACAAUGAAAUUGCCAAAAAUAAUAAAAUUGAACAACUCAAUAAAAAUAAUACAAAUAUUCAAAAUGUAUUAGAAUCUAACGAAAACAUUAAUAUUACAGCUGAAGAGAGUCAUAAUUAUAACGAAAUUACAGAAAAUCAUGAAACAAUAAACUCUCAAAAUAAUUAUUUACAAAAUGUUCAUUUGGAUAACAAUGAAAUUGCCAAAAAUGAUGAAAUUGAAGAAAUCAAUAAAAAUAAUACAAAUAUUCAAAAUGUAUUAGAAUCUAACGAAAACAUUAAUAUUACAGCUGAAGAGAGUCAUAAUUAUAACGAAAUUACAGAAAAACAUGAAAAAAUAAACUCUCAAAAUAAUUAUUUACAAAAUGUUCAUUUGGAUAACAAUGAAAUUGCCAAAAAUGAUGAAAUUGAACAACUCAAUAAAAAUAAUACAACUAUUCAAAAUGUAUUAGAAUCUAACGAAAACGUUAAUAUUACAGCUGAAGAGAGUCAUAAUUAUAACGAAAUUACAGAAAAACAUGAAAAAAUAAACUCUCAAAAUAAUUAUUUAUCAUUGUCUGGAGAAAGUGAAAAAUAUAGUCCAAUAUAUUCUGUAGAUCACGCAGAAAAAACUCAUCUUAAUAAUACGAUAAAUAAUCUUCCAAAUUCAAAAUACAAUUAUCUAUUGUUAGCAAAUAAUUCCAAGUCUGAUUUAAAUAUAUUUAAAGAAAAAUAUGAUAAAAUUGUAGUAGAACUAAAUAACAUUUACCAACAACUAAAUAACAUAAAAUCUUCAGAUAAUAAUUCAAUUGUUAAACCUUCUUCAAUUUUAAAUUAUACUCAUAAAUGUACACCAAAUUAUUUAUAUGAUAUUUAUAAUGAAAACAAUGUAGAAGACGAUGAAUCAGGACAAAAUUAUUUUAAAAAUCAAUUACAAGUAGAUGAUAAUUUCUCACAAAAACAUCAAUUGGGUUAUUAUGAAACAUCAAAUAAUUCUGCAGAUAUUGGUAAAGAUAAUAUUACUAAUAUAAAUAAUUCAAUGGAAAAUAAUAGUGUAUUAUUUUCACCCCAACGAAGUGAGAACAAUUAUAUUAACGAAAAUGGAGAAAAAAAAGCAGAACAAUUUUAUCAUACAAACUUGUCAUUUGCUGAAAAUAGCCCAUCAAAUAAUUUACAAAUAAAUUCUCAUAAGCAACAAAACGUUGAUGGAAAUGAGAGUUCAAAUAAUUCAAGCAAAAAAAUAUUAGAUUAUAUUAUUGAAAACGGUGAUAAAAACAUAGUAGAGACGAAUUUUAUUACAAAUCAAUUGAAUAUAAAUGAAAACUUUAAUAACUAUUCAAGUAUUGAAAAUAAAAUUUCUUUUGAUGUAGUGAGUAAAUUUGAAAAUAAUUAUAUUGAUAAAAAUAAUCGACUAAUUAUUAACAAUGAUCAUAUUACAUCAAACAAUCCAAAUAAAAGUAUUAAUGGAAACCAUUCCGAAAAAGACAAAUUGACAUUGGUGGAUAAAAAUAUUGUAUUUAUACAAAAAUCUGAUGAAACUCAGGAAGCUGGCAUAAUGUCACAUAACAGAGUGGAUCAAAUCAAUUCUCCAAACGAUAAAAUAAAUAUACAUUCAAAAUAUUUUCACAAAAAUAAUUUUGAAAUCAAAGGAAAUUAUUUAAAGAAAGGACCAGCUGACGAUUAUUACGGUAAUGCCACUUUGAUGCACUGUUUUUUUUCAAAAUAUACGCUGAGGUAUUUAGAAUUGAAUGAAAAAUAUAUUAAUUCAAUUUGUGAUAGAAAUACUAGUGAUACAGUAACAGAAGAUACACUUAAUUUUUACAUAUCUAAUCUUCUGUUUCAAUCUGAAAAUAUUAUGGCAAUGCUUGAUGAACUAAGAAACAAACAAAAAAAUCAUUUUGUUCAUGAUUUGAUGUCAGUUAAUUUAUAUUUAAAUAAUAUUACAGGAAAUUUAAGUACAAAUUUUCAAAAAAAUGUUGAUCUUCAGAAUGAAAAUAAUAACAUUGAAAUACGUCGACAAAUUUUACAAGAAAACUUAAAUAUUUUAAAAAGCUAUAUUUUAAAAUAUUUAGACACGAAUUGUCAUGUAGUUUUAAGUAAUCAGAUCGAUAUACAUUUUAAAGAUCUAAAUCAAAUAGUAACAAUACCCGUGCAUGAUAAAGUUGAUAGUCAUACUGAAAAAAUAUUGGCAGAUAUACAAUUACUGCAAUAUUAUGGACACGCAGUAUUUAAAACAAUAGUUAAUAAAAAUGAUUAUAAAGAUUUUCAUCCAAAAAAUAUGUUGUUCUAUUAUUUGAUGACUGGAAAUGCUAAACCUGAUGAAAUAACUGAAAAUAACUCGAUAGAGCACAUUGCAAGAUUUGAUGACGGAUUAAGUGCAAUUAGAGAAGUAAUACUUAAGUCAAGUCAUGAUAGUAUUUUAAAACAUACAGUUGUUGAUGUUUUUUAUUGCGUGUCUUUAAAUUUUAAUGCAGACUAUGUUAAAGCUUUCCAACAAAUUGUACUAUCAGCUACAAUUCAUCCAAUUUUUAAGGCAAUAAGUCAAUACAUUAUAGGAUUUAAACAAAUAUAUUUCAUUGCUAAAGUUUCAGAUAAAUAUGCUACAAUUAUAACCGAUAUUGGAAAUUCCUUGUUAAAAAGUAUUAGACAAUUUUUCAAUUUAAAUUUGUUUUCAGAAGAAAUUAACACAUACCUGAAAGGCGUACUAAAUAAACUUGAAUUCAUUGUAAAUUAUAAAACAAAGAAAUUAAUCAAGUUAAGAGCACCUAACAUAGUUAGUGAAUUAUUAUCGCUGUGUUCAAAGCCUAUGGAAUUAAAUUGGUUGGUGUUUAUCAUUGAAGAUAAUUUCAAAAAUACAAUGAAUGAAGAUAAAUUAGAUUUAUUAACUAAUGAUUUAAGAACUAUUACAAACAAAAUAUACAUGUAUGUAAAAUCAUUAUCAAUACGUAGACAUAUUUUCAAUAUUGUUAAACGAUCAAUUUCUCACGAUGAUAUGUUUAAAAUGAAACCUAUAGAUAUUUUACAAAUAUGUUCAAGGGAUGCAUAAAAAAUUAAAUUAUAAUCUUUUAUUUUUUUAUAUAAAAUAAUAUAAACCUGAUAUAUAUUGAGAAUCUUCGGUUAUAGGUUUUUGGUAUUUGGUAUUUUGUUUGGUUAUAUGUUAAUUGGCUGAGGUUUUUCAUUUAACUUAGUUUUAGUCUAUAUAAUUUACUUGAAAAAUACUUAUGUAAUGUUUUUAAAUAACAAUUCUUUUUACUAAAUUAUAAAAUAAUUAAAUCCUUAUAUUAUUUUUUAGAUAGUGGAAAUAAUGUU